AUGUCCAAGACUCCAACGAAACUGGGAAGGAUCCGAAAAACGCCUCACUCCAAAGAAAAGGUCGUCCACCUGGACCGUCUAGCUUCGUUCGAGGAACGGACUCGAACGGAAUCACCCGGACCUGGAACAUCCUCCCAGAAGAAGCCACUUUGUAUUAUCGUCGAAGGAAACAUCGGAUGCAGGAAGACAACCUUUACUAAGAGAUUCAUGGCCGAUCCUCGGGUCUGUACGUUGUUAGAACCGCUAAAUGAAUAUCGUAACAUUGCUGGGGUUAACCUACUCGAAUUAAUGUAUAGAGACCCGGAUCGCUUUUGCUAUCAAUUUCAAAACCACGUUCAACAGGUUAUGUGUGACAGACAUCUUCAAGUAACCUCUCUUCCUGUCAAAAAUUCCGCUCUCCUUAUUGAAGCGUUAGGACUCAUAGUAGAUUUGAUAGUUUACCUGCGAGUUUCCCCUGAGACUUCCUCUGCUCGGAUCUCUUCUCGCUCACGAGAAGAAGAAUUCGGAGUUUCUUUUGAAUUGCCCAGAACUCUUCAUGAAGUCCAUGAAGAAUGGCUAGUAAUCGGAAAAUUUUCUUCCUUACCUGCUUCCUUACCUUACCCCGUUAUGAUCAUAGACGCCGAAACCUCCGCUGACCAAGUUUACAACGACUUAUCAAUUUUUACCGCUUGA